GGGGCCAGCCUGUCCCCUGAGCAUCCAGGGCCAUCCUGUGGUCUGCCCUACUGACUUCCUCCUCCCUUCCUCAGGCAGGUCAGCAGUUACCCCAUACCACUGUCCCGGACACUGAAGACAGUAAGCGUUUUCCAGUCAGCAAGGGGAGCUUCUUCGGAUCUGGGACCCUGGAGAACAUAGCUUUGAAAUUCCUCAAACAGUAUUACUGGAUCUAUGAUUGUGGUGACCGACAGGGUCUCCUGGAUGCUUACCAUGAUGAUGCCUCCUUCUCCCUGACCUUUCCCUGCGACCUGGAGGAUCGAGCUUUGUCCGGCUUGGGCAAGCACUUCAAAGAUAGUCAGAAUAUGAAGAAGCAAAAAGACCCUGUUCCGUGGACUCAGCUGCUGAAACGCACCAAAGGGGAGAUUGUUGCCUUUCUUCGUGCGUUGCCCCCAACCCAGCAUGACCUCAACUCCAUCGUGGUGGACAUGGGUAUCCAGACGGAAAAUAUGAUCUACUUUUCUGUCAAUGGGAAGUUCAAGGAGGUGGGAAGAAUGUGUGAGGUUCGUGUCUGUACCUUUACCCGGACCUUCGUUUUGACGGCUGGCAGAAAUUCCAGCAUACGCAUCUUGAAUGACCAACUGACUGUGACUGACGUGAGCCACAAAGAAACCCAGAGUGCCUUCUCCCCAGGGCCCAGUUUUGGCCCCGCCCCUUCCCAGGAGCAGCAGUAAAUCCUGCAGGCACUCUCCACGCAGUCUGGUUGAAGUCUGGAAAUUCAGGCCAGGUGGCCUGAGGAUGACACUCAAGGCUUCUGGUUCUGAUGUUGCUUUGCUUUCGCCUUCCCUUCCCUCUUGUCUAUGAUUGACGUCACAGAAGAUGCCUUCAUGAAGUGAUGCAUUGCCCUUCCAAGACAACUGUAAAGAAGCCAAGGGUUUGGUCAUCUUCAUCAUCCUUGUCAUUCCCCUGCUUUUCUCUGGCCGUUGUUCUGAGAUUUGUUCCACCCACUUUCUCUGUUGAUUUAAAAAUAAAGAGUGUCGUUGCAAGUUA